AGCGGUUUCCCCACCAGCUCUUUUCUUUAUAAUGUGGGUGAGUAUAUGAGAGCUUAUGUACUGCGCUGACUGAACACUGAAGUCAACGGUUGACUGUGAAGAGGACAAGGCUAUUUCUACCAUGAGGAGGCAGAAAGGAAUCUGACAAAAAACACAUUGCCAUCAUAUAUAAGGAAACUGGGGAACUGGUGUGAAACAAGUGAAGCAAAGGACAAAAAAUCACUACAUUUUUUGAUUUUAAUGGAGUUAAUGGACCUGUUGUGGUAUGUGAUGCUCGGCACCUGCGCCCUGAGUGCUGUUGUCUCUACUUGUCCAGAGCACUGUCAAUGUAACAGCAUAAAAAUCCGAUGCCUGGGGUUUAUGAUAAAAGAUUUUCCAUCUCCAACUCCACCAAACACCACCAGUCUCUUCAUUACCAACACCAGCAUACCAACAUUAAAACCAUCUGAUUUUGAGAAUUUGACUGAUACGCUCACUACAUUUCUAGCAAAGGAUUCAAAAAUAACUGAGGUACAACCGCAUACCUUUAACCAAACGCUGAAACUUAUUGCCUUGGGAAUAAGUGGGACUGAGCUAACUUCUUUACCAGAGGAUCUGUUUCAAAAUCUAAAGCUGUUAUCAACUCUGACAUUGAGUAAUAACAAACUUAAAGAUAUUCCCCCUUCGCUUCUCCACCCCCUUACAGCUUUAACCAAACUGGACCUGAGCAAAAAUAAUCUUACCUCUUUGGCAGAUGAUAUGUUUCAAAAUUUAGGACAGUUGCAAGAUCUUCAAUUGCAAAGAAACUCUAUUGAAAAGCUUAAUGUACGUACUUUUAAAGGACUUCGUCAGCUCAAAGCUCUGGUCCUACAGCAAAAUAAUCUAAAAGAGAUACCAGAAGGAACCUUCAAUGACCUGGUGAACCUUGAGACGCUGCAUCUUCAAGACAACAAAAUCACGCAGUUACCAGCUAAUCUCUUCUCUAAUCUACAGAAGCUGAAGAAACUGUACCUCUCUAACAAUAGGUUAACAUUUCUUCCCCAUGGAAUAUUUUUUAAUCUUCACAGUUUAUCUACUAUCUCACUGUACAAGAACAAACUCAACCGUUUGUUGCCCGGGACCUUUGGUCCAAUGGCUCUCCGAGAGCUCUGGCUGUAUGACAACAUGUUAACUCACCUAGAGGAGAAUGUUUUUAGCAACUUAACCGAAGUUUACCUUUUGGUACUUAGUAGGAACCAAAUUCAGCACAUUUCACCUGGUGCGUUCAACGGCUUGAUGAAGGUCGAGGAGAUCUCCCUACACACGAAUCGAUUAACUAGCAUCAAAGGAGGAAUUUUCAAAGAUCUUCCAAAGUUAACUAACAUUUCUCUGGAGAACAAUGAAAUCAGACAAAUUCCCGUUGAUCUCUUAGAUGGUGUAUCUCGGUUACAUCAGCUGGAGAUUCAAAAUAACUCUCUUCCAAAUUUACAAAAAGAAUUUCUAAAGUCUUUGUCUGUGGUCGAUAACGUCAUACUUACACCAAAUCCAUGGAGGUGCGAUCACGGCAUAAUACCUUUACGGGAUUGGCUGAGAAACUUCACGGAUAAAGUAAAGAAUCUUACUUCUGUGGUGUGCGACAGUCCCACACACCUGAGUGGCAGACAGAUUGGAGAACUUAAGGAUGAUGACAUCACAGCAGGCACACAAGAGCUCGACGACGCAUAUGGAAGUGAGACGGAGGGAUGGAAACUAUCUAAAAAGAGUAUCAUCAUAAUUGUAGCCGUUCUUUGCACUGCUCUCAUUGUCAGCAUCAUUGCUUGUGUUUUAUGGAGGAGGCACAUACGGGGCAGUCAAGACUUGGACCGUCAAAGAAAGAAAAACUCAAAAUUGAGGAUGUAUAUGCCUUUAAGAAGUGCACUGGUAUUCAUCUGCAUACUUGUGCAACUGCACUGGAGCCAUGAACAGGGCUGUGAAACGGGUGAAGACUGCAAAAACAAAGAUGUGUAUGACAAAACUGUGACAGCAGUCCCAGAAAAGCUGAAGGAUGGAGCUGUUGAAGUAUAUUUUGUAGGCAGUCAGAUUAAUACCAUACCAAAAGGGGCUUUUUCUAAAAACCCUCAAUUAAAAAAAAUUGAAUUUUUAGGAACCUCAACUCAGUCUGUAGAGAUAGGAGCCUUUGAGGGUUUACCUGAUAUCACGUCCAUCGAGAUAUCUAGCACCAAUGUGACAUCAUUACCUGUGGGUGUUUUUAAAGAUCUCAUCAACCUUACAAAACUUACGUUGAAAAGUAACAAAAUCCAGAGCCUUGAAAGAGGGUUAUUUGAUGAUUUAAAAAAACUUGAACAAAUCUUUCUAAAUAUGAAUGAAAUCACAGCCAUUGAGGAGGGGAUAUUCGAUAAUUUGGAGAAUCUUAAAAUGCUUCAUCUCGGAAAGAACAACCUUAGCUCUGUAUCAACAUCUCUCUUUUCAAAACUUAAGAACCUGCAGUUUUUCAGGGUUUAUGAGAACCAGCUGACUGCUAUUCCUGAUGGGAUUUUUGAUAAUUUCCCUGAUCUGAAAGAAAUUGGUUUGAAUGGCAACAAAAUCUCGUCUAUACAACCAAAUUUGUUUCCACACAAAAGUAAAUUAUCAACCCUAACUUUGGACAGUAAUCUUUUAUCUGAACUACCAGAAAAUCUUUUUGUUGGUUUCCCUGCACUAAAGACUCUAACUCUGCAUAACAAUCAGCUUACCAGCCUCCCCAAUGUCCUCUUCGGAGAAAUGCCAAAAUUAACAGAUCUGAACCUUAGCCAGAAUAAUCUUUCUUAUAUACCAACUGGAGUCUUCAGCCCACUGAAGAGGGUGAGAAAGUUAGAUCUCUCCUCAAACCAGUUUUUGAGUUUAUCUGGAGAAUUUUUUGAAGGUCUCGAGAAACUGUCUGAACUUAAUCUUCAAAACAACUUCAUACAAUCAUUAAAAGCGGAGGAUUUUGAGAAAAUUCAGUCUCUUACUACCCUCAAAUUAGAAAAUAACAAUCUUCGAAUCCUUCCUGGAGAUGUUUUUCAAAAUCUUCCAAAACUCAGUAAAGUUUACCUGAACAAUAACCCGUGGCAAUGUGACUGUGACCUGUUGCCUUUCUUUGAAUGGAUGAAAGACAAUAAAGAAAAGAUCAAGUCGAAAUCUCCAGAACUUUGUGAGUCACCUAUAGAUAUGCAAAAUCUAACUAUAUUGGAUUUAAAAGAAGAACAAUUGAUAUGUCACACAACAACCCAAUACGUUACCACUACUAUGAUCACCACCACAUUGCCUACCACAACUUUAUUGACAACACAAUUAACAACAAUUGCACCUACCACAACUACUUUAACCACAGCUCCACCUACGACAACAACAUUAACAACAGCUCCACCUACGACAACUACAUUGACAACAGUUGCACCUACUACAACUACAUUGACAACAGUUGCACCUACUACAACAACUUUAACAACAGCUCCACCUACGACAACUUCAUUAACAACAACAGUACCUACAACAACUAUACCAACAACCAUUCCGAUAACUACGACAACACCACAGACCACCACAGUCAUCACCACCGCACCAACUACUCAACUUACAACUUCACUGCCUACCACUGUCGCUACAACGAAAUCUCCAACCACUACGUCAGCCCCCACAACUGCAUUAACAACCACAAUACAACCUACAACCACCUCGAUUGUCACCACCACGUCAACAACCACAGUACAGCCUACAACUACAUCCCUGAUGACAACAAUCUCUACGACUUCUUCAACUACAUUGAACCCCACCACCACAACACCUUUUCCCACCACGAGUAGCAGUUUCAUCUACCUUGACUCCCAUCAACAAUCUUUCUCAAGAGCUACACCUACCCACAGGUUCUCAUCAUGCAAGGCUCUUCUGAUAUAUUACUCGACAAUGCUGAUAAUAGAAAUCUGCUGUACGGUGGUGCUGGCUAAGUAUACAUAUUCACUAUACUGCUCUCUCCAGAACAGAGAGAGACUCUACAACCAGGUAAAACUGACCCAUUUCUCCUAUACUAAGUCCAUAACACUCAGACCUGUGGAUGAGGCAGAGACUGUAGCUCUGUGAGGAGUUUUUUAAAAGACUACAAGAAGUUAACUGCUGUUUUUGAUAAGAAUGCACUUUUUGACUUGAUGAGGAUUUCACAGGGCGAUAGUCUGGACUACAAAAAUGUUCACAAAAAUCAACACAGGAUACUUUUCCAUAUUACUUUCAAUGCUCCCACUUGCACUCACUGUCCUUAUUCUGAAGUCAUCUAAAACUAUAUGUAUUCAUCUACAGUAUCUGGUCAGUAGUGAGCAGUGCCUGGUGGUACCAUUGCAGAGAGAUGUUUACUCUUAAUGUUACACAGCAAUGUAAUAUGUUUCAAAAGUCCUGUGAAGCUUAAGCCAACUGUGACACAACUAUUUCAUAAACAUGUGCAGUACAUAAAUUCACUUUUGUUUAUAAAUACAUUUUAAUAUUGUAAAUGUUGACUUAUGAUUAAUUGCUUGGCACUGAUGUUUCCUCAUUUGUAAGAUGUGAAAAAAGCAACUAUAGUUGAAGGAUGUUUAUGCACUUUGGAUACAUGUUGGAAGAUUCUCAUUGCAUAUAUAUGUUUAACAAAACAUAAAAAAUAUGUAAUGUAAAUAACAAAA